AUAAAACCUAGUUUUGAGUCAUGACUCUACCGCACCCCAGUGAUGCAUCAGGCUUUACUUGUUCCCGAAGUCCUCCUGGAGAUAUUCGCCUAUGUGAAUACACUACCAUCUACUCAAACAACACCAACCCAGAAAUUACUUGCAGCGCUUGCAAGGACAUGCAAAAUCUUCCACGAGCCUGCAAUGGAUUUGCUGUGGACUGAAAUCUAUGGUGAUACGAGGUGGGACAACUCAUACAAGCCCUGGGCGAAAGGUGUUGAGCCAUUAUCUGCCCAUGAGGCCCAUCAAUUUCUGCGUCACUCCUCCCGCAUACGCAUAUUGAACAUAAAAUCUGAACAUCCGCAUCUUCUCUCUGUCAUCCCCGCUGAGGCAUGCGUAUUUCCGAGGCUGAAGUCAUUAAGUCUUUCCACCACAUAUUUGAACCACUUUCUGCCUCGCAUGCUGCACCGAUGUCAUCUAUUGAGCGUCAACGAGGGUCUGCAAUCUUUUGUGACAUGCUGCGUUGCUCUGGAGCAUUUAUGCAUCUACGCUCCUCAAGCCAAUGAUGAUGACAGCACAGCAAAUGAACUGUCCCUCCUAUCCGAUAGGAUUCGUUGUUGCACACGACUUGUAACUCUUGCUUGUCCAAUGCUCGACUGGUCAGCAUGGAAGCACCUCUCCUGCCUCCCUACCCUUCUCAGAUUAGACAUUGUGGAAGGACCUAUUAACCCUCCUUCGCUGCCAAAACAAGAUAUCGUGAAUUUAUCAUUCCUUAACAUCACAAGCCUUUCCUUUGGACGGAUGAACAAUGCUGCAGACUUCAUCACAGUCAUACAACAUUCGCAAUUUCCCUCAAUGAAAGAGUUCAACUUUGAAACCUGCGCUCUGUCUUCAGAAGAGGCCAAACAACUCUUUCAUGCUCUGUCCCACUGCAAUGCGUGUCGGACUCUAGAAGAAAUCUCCAUUUGUUCUUAUGAAGGCAGAUCUGCGGGAAACGACGAGUCUUUGAGACCAAUUCCGCAUUUCUUUUGCUUCACACAGCUCCGAACCCUGAAGCUCAUGCUUAAUAGUCUUCACAUCUACUUGGACAACGACAUGUUCUUGCAAGCUAUGUCUAGUUGGCCGCACAUCCGCACACUGAAAAUCGAAGAACCUGAACCUUCUUCCGAAAUCACCCUCCGUGAAUUAUUCACAGCGCUCGGUCUAUGUCCACAGUUGCGUACACUACUAGUUCCAAUCAUUCUUGUAACCAUCGACAUCGAUCCUGAUGCCGAGCCAAUACAACAUACCUCCCUACGAUCAUUGGCUUUGGAGUUAUCCGAGUUUCAAACGGCUGAUGCUGAAACUAUCGCUCGCAUCAUUUCCGCCUGGCUCCCUUGUGUUGGCCUAGUUCGAGACCCGAGUUGGGAUGAAGUCAACAGCCAUUUAGAUCUUUGA